GAGACACCCUCCUCAUUCAUUCGCAGAGAAAAGUCUUUGUCCGCAAAGACGUAGAUGGGUGUAAUGUAUCCUUAAGCGACCGAAAGAAAAAAAGGAAAAGGGCGUUUUGACUUGAUCCGAGUCAUAGAGCAGGAUUGCCCCAAUGUGCGCAGAGAGUGGGCUCUGUGUAGAGAACCGCAGACUCCAAAGAGAAGCUGAAAUCUACAUUGGCAACUAUAACUUUCAAAGCUAUUCAGUCUUUGGACCACUUUGAUCGCUCAUGUACCCAACUAACUAGGGGGUUUAAAAAAAGAGGUAAUUUACUUCUUUCCCUAGCGCACAAAGAGGACAAACUAACAUUUGUGCCUCCCAGAGGUUUUAAAGUUGCAGUCUGUGUUUGAGGAAGACAUGGCCAAGUUAUUCCGAGCUGCUAUCAUGGGUCCACCAGGAUCAGGAAAAGGAACGAUAUCCAAAAGGAUUGCGCAAAGCUUUGGCCUGCAAUAUCUGUCCAGUGGCCACUAUCUACGAGAGAGCAUAGCGGCAAACACAGAGGCAGGUGUGCUGGUGAGGACCUACGUAGAAAGAAGCAUGCUGGUGCCUGACCAUGUGAUGACAAGACUGAUGCUGCCCAGACUGGAACACCUGAUCGGCCACAGCUGGCUGCUGGACGGUUUUCCCCGGACUCUGUCGCAGGCCCAUGCCCUGAACAGUUUGUGUCAGCUGGACCUGGUCAUCAGCCUCAACAUCCCCUACGAGACUCUGAGGGAGAGACUGAGUGACCGCUGGAUCCAUCCAGCCAGUGGCCGAGUCUACAACAUGGGCUUCAACCCGCCACGAGUGCAGGGUAAGGAUGACAUCACUGGGGAGCCACUGAUUCAACACGAUGAUGACAAACCAGAAGCCCUGAUGGCCAGACUGAGACACUACAAAGAUGUGGCCAAACCGGUCAUAAACUUAUACAAGUCACAGGGAAUCCUGCACUCAUUUUCCGGUACAGAUACGGACCGGAUUUGGCCUUAUAUUAACUCCCUCCUCAGCACCAAGAUGCACAUGCAGCCAUCAGAUUCCUUCCAAACCCAAACACCCUGACACUUUUCUGAAUGAAAAGAUCACAGGGACACAUCAAGAAGCAGCCAGAGGAUGUGGGGUGAUGUUUCCACAUGCAGCUUUCAGUUUUCUUAAAAGAGAGGCUUAGAGAGAUGAAAAUGAUCAAAACUGUCAUCCAACAUGCUUGUUAUUCAAUCACCAGGUGAUUUUUUUAAAUGAAUGGUCCAAUGCAAAUAUUUGAAGAGCUUAGUUGAUUGUGUUGAUUUCUGCAUUAUCAUAGUGAAAGGUUCAAGGCAAUAUCAAAACUGAUCAUUUUUUAUAAAUCAUAAUUUUACACAAGCACUCACCAUCAAGCAACACUGUGUUUUUUUGUAUCUGCAAUAUUUCCAAUUGGAUUUAAAUCAUAGCACAUUCAGGGAAGCUGUGGUAAAACCAAAGGUUAAAAGAAAAAAGUAUGUUCAAGCAAACAAUAUCAUGUUGUUGCCUCUAUGAAUAUACUCAUCAUUUUGGAGUGAAACCCUUUAAUCAAUAAUAACUGGGGAGUUGUUACACAGAAAAAAAUCAUUUUAUUCAAGUCAGUCUCACCACACUUCACUGAGGGCAAAACUGACAUUAUGCAUUGUGUCUAAAUCCAAAAUCAAUCUUGGACAGCCAUUAUUUGGUUCAUUUUUUCUAAAACAUUGUGCAAGCCUGAGUGAACCAGUUUUUAUUGUGCACUGUAUAAACAGCUAUUCUUUACUUUUGUUCUGAAAUGCUAAAGAUUAUUAUUAGGGCUGUCAAACGAUUAUUUUUUUUUAAUCGUGAUUAAUCGCUGAAUUUAUCACAUGAUUAAAAUUCUAUUAUUUUGCAUUUCAGAACAGUUUUUAAGUACAUAUUAACAAUGGAAAGCAUUUCUUGAAAUGAGACAGCGUUUGCACUUUGCAGCAGUGCUGGACUUGUACAAGAUUCAAGAAUCCCUCACAAUCACUCUACAGCACACUCUGGCUGGGAUGAAGACCAAUACACAGAAUAUAGUGCCUUCAAUGCUGUUACUUUCAUAAGGUUGCCUUGAAAUUUUUAUCUUUAAAAUGUCAAAGAUUGUUGUUUAUAAAAUGUAAUGUUUUGCAGUGUUUGUUUAACUUUAAGAUAUUGCUGGAUAUUACUUUAGUAAGUAAUAGGAUUUGGAAGCAUAACAAGGUCAUAUAUGUAAAGGUCUUAUUUUGCGGUUUGUUCGAAUGUAGAAAGCACUGCUGCAGGGUGAACAGCUUGUAAAAUGUUAACCUUGUAGAUUUUUUAUAUUAUUUUGUAAGUGAUUUUUUUGUGAAUGUUUAAUAUUAGGUCCCACCCUACAGAAUAGCUUCUGGUCACCUGCAGUUAAAAGAAAGGUGUCAUAUUUUCACCUAAUGGCGCAGGAGUUUGCUUUUGGCAAUCACGUAAGCACACCAGUACCUAACUUGUGCAAUAAAGACCAGCAACUGGGUUUUCAUUGUUUUUUUUUAAGCUGUGCUAAUGCUGGCUCUGCAGUACUGUAAAAUGUCAUUACCUGUAUUCAUUAUGAAGCUGAGAAUUAGCAAAGUACACUUAUCCUCUCACAU